AUAUGUCAUGCAAUAUUAUCUUUCAGCUCCUUCUCUUCAACACCUUGCAAUAUACCGUUCUCGACUGUUCUUGGGCGGCGCAAGGCUCGGCGCCCGGACAGCAGCUGUAACGAGUUCGGCGGAAGCAACAAAAGCAAUCCAACACAUGCAAACACUGGUUGAGCAUUCCACAUGCAAAGGCACUGACAAUGAUGGAAGACACUCCAGGUUCACCUCUCAGAGCCGCCAAGCGUCGCAAGGUCUUCCGUAGGAAGCUAGACGCCGACGAUGACAAUGUCUCGCCCUCUACCCCAAUUGAAACCAUGGAUGCCGUGGCGAACGAAACCGAGGCCCGUGUAGCUUUACCCCGGUCGCGGCAUAAUGUGGUGAAGAAGCAAGGCAUCUCCUUCUCCAGCAACAGUCUCGCUCCCAAACCAGAGCCAUUACCGAGCGAAGAGACCGCGCUUGUUACCAUGCAUCCGGACCGGGAGCAGCGUAUUGCAGGGACCGACCGCUUCGUAAAGCCAAGUGGCAAAACGGCGGUGAUUGAUGACAGACAUAUGACGGCAUUUGUAGACUCCAAGAUGGCUGAGUUGAAAGCUGUACAGGCUGCCACGGAGCAAGCACAAAGCACCCGCAAUGUGACAGACGAACUUCAAAACGGCGCUGAGCGCAACGUAGAAAGCGUUCCGGGGAUGAACAGCGCUGCAGAGGGCGCGGCCGCCUCGCAGCGCAACAAACAUCAGCACAAGCCGCUUGCCAGAACUUUACGUCAACCUCCUUUACGCGCCACGUCGGACCUCGCCCGGGACAGCCUGAUCGAAGACAUCAUGCGCGAAUCCGAUGUUGGAUUGUACGAUCGCUCAGCUUCCGGCACGCCAUCCCAAUACAACUUCGAGACUCCCGCCACCGACGCCGACCCCGACUCUGCCGCAGCGCUCGCCUUCACAUCCGCCUUCCUCCGCGAACAAGAGGAGCGCAACCGCCGGCGCCCGCCCAACCCGGCUCCCUUCUCAAAAGUAGCCAAGGCGACAGGCAUGGAUCGAACGAAUCACGGGCCGAAACUGGGAGGUAGCAGGGCUCAGCGGGAGAGGAUGAAAGCUGCGCAGGCCACAGGGGCCGGGAGUACUACUGCUGCGGCGAAGAAGUGAAAGGCCCGAAUUGACGGUGC